AUGUCUCGCUCUGGGACCCUCCAAGCCACCAAACCCUCCGACUUCGAAAAGCAACGCCUCGCCAACAUCGCCGAGCGCGACGCCCUCCUCAAGAAACUGACCCAAGAAGCCCAGUCCGCAGGCCUGUAUACAAAGCCGCCAGUCUUACAGAAUGGACAGAAACGCACGGCGACAGCAAAAUCCAAGGGACCUCCAGCCAAGAGGGUGAAAAAGGAAGCCGCCGAGAUCGUGCCCCGGCGGACGAGUUCUCGACUCGCUGGCCUACAGGCGGACAGUGAAGUCGCGAAACAGAAAGCAGAGGUCGAAUAUGAGAAGGCCAAGGAAGUCGAGCGAGCACGACGGCAGCGCGUGACGGGCGAUUUGUCUUUCUCCGGGACAGACACAGACGGCACAAGCCUGAUUGGCACCGAUGUACUCCUCAAGGGCGUGGCGACGCCGUACGCACGCACAUUCGAUGAAGAGCAGAUCCGCGAGACGAGCGACAAGGAUCUCAAGGCCCUCAGGGAGAGGAUGAGCGGCCUGCAGCUCUGGGAUGCGUGGGAGCCGAAUCGCAUCAAGAUCACCCCUGAGAGAAUCUACAGCAUGGCGUUUCACCCUACAGUCGCCAAACCGAUUGUCUUCGCGGGCGACAAAUUAGGCACACUGGGGAUUGUAGACGCAUCGCAGGGGAAGGAUCGUGCUACCGGUCUUAAAAAAGAGGAUGAUGCUGAAGACGAGGACGAGGACGUCGAUUCAGAUCCCCAGAUCACGCACAUCAAGCCACAUACGAGGACCAUCUCGGCGAUGCAUACACACCCGUCCAAGCCCGAAGCGCUCUACACGGCGUCGUACGACUCGUCGAUCCGGGUAACUGACCUCAAAAAGUCCCUGGCCGUGGAAGUGUACGGACCUUCCUCUCGCGAGGACGACGAACCCGUCUCCGGCGUGGACAUGUCCUCUAGCGAUCCCAAUACUCUGUACUUUACGACCCUGAACGGCGCGUUCGGGCGGUAUGACACGCGCGCCGCGCCCAGUACGGUCGAACUCUUCCAGCUGUCGGAGAAGAAAAUCGGGGGCUUCAGCUUAAAUCCGGUGGUGCCGCACUACGUGGCCACGGCGUCGCUCGACCGCUUCCUCCGAUUGUGGGAUCUGCGCAAGAUGACGAAGAAGAUGCCCACGCUGGUGGGCGAGCACGAGAGCAGACUGAGUGUCAGCCACGCGGCGUUCAAUACCGCGAGCCAGGUCGCGACGACGAGCUACGACGAUACGAUCAAGAUCCAUUCCUUUGGCUCCACGCAGUACAUGCACCAAUGGGAGGCUGGCCAUCAACUGGCCGACGAGGCCAUGAAGCCCGAGGUCGUCGUCCGACAUAAUAACCAGACCGGCCGGUGGACAACUAUCCUCAAGCCCCGCUGGCAGAUGUAUCCCAUGGACAAUAUCCAGAAACUGGUGGUGGGCAACAUGAACCGAUUCGUCGACGUCUACUCUGCCAACGGCGACCAACUCGCCCAGCUCGGCGGCGAGGGCAUCACGGCCGUGCCUGCCGUGGCGGUAUUUCAUCCUUCCAACGACUGGAUCGCCGGCGGCACUGCGAGCGGGAAAUUAUGUCUAUGGAUGUAG